AUGACAACGACGCGCUUGGCCGACUGCCGCGCAGCCUGGUCGGCUGUGCAGGCCAACUUGGCCUCGUCUGUAGGACCAUCGACACCGUCGAUGCUAGAUCCUACGUUGAUGCAUCAUAUGUGUGCCUUGGUCGUCGAGGAUGAUCAAGAAGCUCCACCACAUGCAUUUGGCGACUGCAUGGAGUUGAUGCUGGAAGAAGAUGUUCUUGGACAGCUUUUUGGGCUAUGCCUAGCGGAUGAACCCCGCGGCGCUAUGCGAGAGCUGUUGCGCGUCUAUACCUACCUUGUACGCGAGAUGCGCCCUGCGUUUCUUACCAACAACAAUGUAGCGCGCGUUAUGAUGCAAGUGCUGCACUACUGCCAGAAACAUGACACCGAUGGAUCAUGGCAGACCGAUGUCACGGCGUUAGUAUUUGAAUUGGCGUGGCAGGUGCACAGCCAUCCACCCAUUCUGCGGUUGCUUCUGCAGCUCAGUGCCGAUAUUCCCAAAGAUCGUAUUCACGAUCGCAUGCCAUUGCUUCUAUUUGUGCUGCGUCAUUUAAACGGCCCCGAUGAGUCUGGGCGGCAGAUGCGGACAGCCUUAGUAUGGUUAUGGCAUGGCAUCGUAACGUUGAUGGACGACGACACAGCGCACCGAGCGACGUAUUUGGACCCGAUCCUUAUGAAGGAAAUGGUGGGCGCUGUUGUAAGCGCUGUCGCUCAUGCAUUCUCGCAGCUUCCGACUGAAUUACAUCCCAUAUCCACGACGAACACCACACACGACUGGCUUGCGUACCGCUUUCCUCACCGCUCUUCACGCUGGCGUGCCUCCUUGCUGCAGUAUGCCUCUGAAGACAUGCAAGAGCCACUAAGUACUUGGAUCGAUACUCUCUGGCUCAUACAGCAGCUAGAAUGCACAUGCGUGCGCCAUACCACAGGUGCGUCUGCGGAUCAUAUCGAUUCUAUGCAUGCGAUGCUUGCCGAACAUUUCCAGGCCCAGUUUGUGGAUGCCACCUGGAUGCCGUUCUUGGAGGCCAAUCAAGAGCCCCUGGCUAUUUUGCUGUAUAUGUCUAUUAUGCUAUCCGUCAUGGAACCACGCACCUCGUUAGCUCGCUGCCUUGCUUUGCAAUACGAGCGGCCAACCCUACGGACGUUCUUGCGUAGCUGUCUAGCACGGACCGAGACGCAUGCCAUGAGCUUGUAUGUAUCUACGCUUCUCUCUCGAUGGAGUAUGUGGCAACAUGCUACAUUCGGGACACGCACGGCGAGCGAACGAGCUUCGCAUCCUCUCGCGCCCCUAAUAGCAUGCAUGGCUGAGCUCCUACAGACGCCCAAGUACCGUGCUGCCUUGUCCCAUCGCUUUCUUGUGCACCUCGUUACUGUGGAGCAGUCAAUGCGCGACGAUCCAGACUACGAACGUGGGCUGGAGAUAGGCAUCUCACCGAACAUGCCGCGAUGGAUCGCAAAGUCCAUCCUGCGUGAGUCUGUGACGGCAAACGAGUUCUUCUUGGACGAUUAUACCUCUAUGCUGCGCGCCUGGUUCAUCUCUCCUACUCCUAAGAAUCUGGCACUAACUGCAGCCCUCAGUUCUCUGUGUCGUGCCCCUAUGAUUAGCAUUGAGGGACUCCUAGAAUCGCAUGACGAAUCGAUGCCCAUUCUUGUCUUUUACAUGUAUGCCCUUUUUCAUCAAGCCCAAGACUUUUCCAAAUCCAUCCCCGAUUUUGACUUUUACAUGCGACAGCGCAAAAUCCAGCAAAUGGGAGCACCACAUGAGGAUAUGUCGUCCUUGUCGUCGUCACGCAGUGCCUGCCCGCUGUUCCCUUGUGGCUCUCCUGCAGAGGGCCUCGUGGUAUUGGACCGCGCGUUUCAUGAGGCACAGUGGUCACCACCUACCUGGCCGUCUGCAAGUGUCACGUAUUCCAGCCAAAAUGCGACGAGCAAAUCCACCUCCGUCUUGGACGGCGCUGGUCAUAUUUUGGUCACUGUGCCUCUCUGUCCUGCGCCGGCGACAGGGCCAUGGGCCUGUGAUGAGCAUAGAGAGGCUGUAUCUGUACCCCUUGUCCAGAUUCUGGACAAUGUUCUGCUUCUUGAAGAGUUUAUGCUAGAAUUGACCGCCCUCGUGCAGCUUCGUCAGGCACGAGGGUUGGAUCCUUGUUAG